UUCCUGUUUCAGAGAGAAACGUGCUUCCUUGCGGGUCUAGCUAGCAAAGUGAGGUUUUCCUAGGCGCGAGUGGCCGUGUACCGGAACACGUGAAGCAUAAUCAAUAGUUCGUUCGAUUAAUGAGUCGAUUUGGCUGCAUUGAACCGAAACAGCCGGUGAUGAGCAUUUAGGUCUCCUGGGCUUUCUCUCGCGUUCGUCCACAGCGCACAAGCAUGGUUUGCUGCAGCAGACUUUGCCUCAGGAAGUAUGGGAACUUUGUGGAUAACCUGCGGCUGUACGUCAAGGGUGGUAGUGGAGGCAUGGGUCUGCCCCGACUCGGUGGACAAGGAGGGAGGGGAGGCGAUGUCUGGGUGGUCGCCGAAGACAGUGUCACUCUGAAGAGGAUCAAAGACAGACACCCGCAGAAACGAUUUGUAGCUGGAGUCGGGGAGAACAGCAGUAUCCGUGCUCUGAAGGGUAACAAAGGACAGGACUGUGAGAUUUGUGCUCCAACUGGUAUAACUGUUACGAGUGAUGAUGGGAAAGUCUUAGGGGAGCUGGACGCGGAGGGGCAGCGCAUGGUCGUGGCCCGAGGGGGCCGCGGAGGAUCCCACGAUUCCGGGUUCUUGCCCAGCAAGGGGCAGGCCCGCACGAUCCGCCUGGACCUCAAGCUCAUAGCCGAUGUGGGCUUGGUGGGGUUUCCAAACGCAGGGAAAUCGUCUCUGCUGAGCCAGCUCUCUCAUGCCAAGCCCCAGAUAGCCAGCUAUGCUUUCACAACUUUGAGACCUGAGAUAGGAAAAAUCAUGUAUGAGGACUAUAGGCAGGUGGCGGUGGCGGAUUUGCCGGGAUUGAUAGAGGGCGCACACAUCAACAAAGGCAUGGGUCACAAAUUCCUCAAACACGUGGAACGGACUAAACAGCUGCUGUUUGUGGUUGAUAUCGGCGGAUUCCAGCUCUCUCAGAAAACGCCAUUUAGAACAGCUUUUGAAGCUGUACAGCUUUUAACAAAGGAGCUGGAGUUGUACAAAGAAGAGCUACUUUUGAAGCCUGCCAUUCUUGCUGUGAACAAAAUGGACCUACCAAAUGCAGAAGAGAACCUAAAAGAGCUUAUUGAUCAACUUCAUCAUCAAGAAGACUUCUUCCAUUUGCUACCUGAGGAUAUGGUUCCGAAAGGCCCUACGCAUUUCAAACACAUUGUCGCUGUCUCGGCCUCCACUGGGUCUGGUGUCGAGGAGCUGAAGGUGCGCGUCAGGCAGUCCCUUGACGAGCAGGCAGCCUCAGCCAUGGAGGAGGACCAGAGAGCAAGGCUCGGAGCAGUCCCGGCCUCCGCCAUGACCUCCACAGGGACUCCCUGAGCCCUGGCGCAGUCGCUGUGGUGGACCUCGGGGGAAGGCAGAGGCAGUGUCUGGGGCUACAGAUGUUUAGUGAUCUGUUAUCAAUGCAACUGCUGAGCAGGGUGUUUUCUUAAAUUAAAAUAUUACUGUUAAAACCUUUAUCAUAUUUGAUGGGUAGGGUGAAAGUUUUUUUUUUCUGAUGCUUGACUGAAGUUUCUUGAGUCUAGAUGUUGGCUACUGGAUUUUCUAGAUGGCCAUAUCAUGGUGUCAAGCUGCACACAUGUAUUGCAAUUGUUCUUGACAGCAACAGUUCAAUGGGCCGUACCUCAAUGGACAGCACUGUGCAGCCAAUAGCACAGAAUAGACGUACCGAAAUUUUCUGAGUGACCAUCUCAGCUACCUGAAUGCAGAAAUUAACAGUUUUGCUCCAUUAGAGGAAGAUUUACACGCCACAGCAUCAAGUCUUGUUUUUUCCUCACGGUAGUAAAAAGUAAAAGCCUGACAGUAGCACCAUUUGAGAAAUUCAAAUAAUUAUGCUGCCAUAAAUAACAUUCACACAAAUAGAUAAAAAAUAGUCACAGCCAACUUUCCAUAUACAUGUGAACAAACAAUAAGGUAUACUAUACCUUAGUAAUUUGUUUGGAAAUAAUACAAGGGUACAGGUUCAAUGAAAGUUUCAUGUUUUAUUAAAUAUAUUACAAUACUGAAUGAUAUUAAUAUUGUAGGAAAAAAAUAUGAGCAUUGAUUUACAUUGUUGGUCUAUAUACAAUACAGAAAAAAAAUGCUGUAUCAUAAGAAUAUUAUUUGAAAACUGUGCACCUAAACAGAACUGGUAAUGCAGGUCAGCAGAUAUUAGCAGGUUAAGAAUGCUAGUGUUAAUCCAGUGGCUUCCAGGAGAACAGUUUGUAGUCUGGUGGACAGAAUCAUUGAGUCGAAUACAUUCAAGGAAGAUACUGUAGGUCAAUUUCCUUGCCACUGGUCAAGAAGUCCUUAUGGAAGGCAGUCACUUGCAUAAAAAGAGGCAGACGUUGAGGCAUGGAAAGCCAGUGUUCCUGGUCUGGCAAUCAGGAGAGACUUUUGAGUGCAGUAAAGAACCAUUCCUUGAAUGUCACAUGAGCGUCUGCACCUGUAAACACACAGUGAUCUACAGAGCAGUGUUACCCUGUCGUGUUUCAGUAGAUAAACCAGAUACAUUUGCAAUUGCAAUUACAGCUGUAUCCAAUAAGCAAAUGGAAAGCUUUUAUAUUUCAAAUAAAAGCACUGAUAUGAUACAAAUCC